CGCCAAACUCUGCUUCGUCCUUCCGCUUCUUCAACUCGACGACGACUUUCCCCCCCACGCCGACAUCCCUCAGCUCAAAAGGAAUCAAUUAUCAAUUCCAGGUUUCUUAUCAUGACUGACCAGAAGACCCAACAGCCCAAGGCCUUUGUGGUCGAGCACCUGGAUCCCGAACUGGGGCCAUGGUCCGCCUUGGAAUACGCUGCUAUUGCCCGCGAGUCCCAUGCCAACGGCGCUCGCUUCUUGCUCAGUUCGGUGCCCGCCGAACUGCAGAUGCCCGCCGAGCUGGCCGCUACGAAGGGCUUGGAGGUUGAGCAGCGUGGUGUCGAGGAGAUUUUUGCGGAUCGGAAGGACAAGGUCUGUCUGUUGGAUCCUUCUGCGAAGACGGAGUUGAGCCCGGAGGAUGGUGAUGUUUUUGAGGUGUUUUUGUUUGGUGGUAUUCUCGGUGAUGAUCCGCCUCGGGAUCGCACUUCCGAACUACGGAAGAAGGGCUACAAUGGCCGUCGCCUUGGACCCAAGCAGAUGACGACUGAUACUGCCGUGCGAGUGACCCGCAUGGUGGUGCACGAACGAGUACCCCUCGAGAAGAUCUCCUACGUGGAUUACCCAGAGAUUUUGAUCAAUGAGCACGAACGGACCGAAAUGCCAUUCCGCUACGUGGUAGACGCCAAGGGUGAGCCUAUCAUGCCUGAUGGGAUGGUGGAUCUGAUUAAGAACGACGCCGACAAGGGCGUCGGUGAUCUUUUCUGAGCUGGGACGGGCUCCACGUCGAACCCCCCUCUAAAAAAUACCAAUUCAUCAAGGUCAAAACGCCUCGCGGUUUCAGAUGAUGAUCCCGAUUUAUAUGCUUGUAGUUCUGGAAUUAUGAUUGUUCCAUGCCUUCCCAGGGCAGGUUUCGUCUUAUCUUGGCUUUCUGGGUUGCUGGACAUGGAAUAGUUCCAGACCAAGUUAAAGUACUCUCCAACAAAGGGGGAUCGAGACAAUUCGAACCACGGGUUGUACUGGCCGUAAAUAGAUGUCAAUAGGAAAAAAUAACCUCUCUUCUGCCAAUGAAUGAUGAGCUUCUUCACGGACUAGCUUCACUAGCUUGCGAC